UGUGUGUGCCUGCCAACGUGACAACCUAUGACGUCACAAGGUGAGAACUUGUUGGACAGCUUCGGUGGUGACGUGUCCUCGAGCCGUGACGUCAUGUAAUGACCCCAGAACGACGACCCAAGUAAAAUGGAGGUCUUAACCAAAACAGAAGAACUCGUCAGCGAGGCAGUAGGCACUAAGACUGUCCGCAGGUCCCUGACCACGGCCGCACGUGUUCUCAUCGUCCUGGCGUUUACAGACGACAUCUACAGUCAACAGUACGGCUGGUGGUCUAACGUUAAUUAUUUCGCACAGACUUGGGGCGUGUCUAAAGCGUUGGUCGGCCCCAUACUCGGCCUGUUGGUGACUGCUGAGUUUUUUGGAACGUUGCUGAUUCUAACCCAGCAGAGAUUUGAGCUCGGGUGUGGGGCCUUGUUUUGUGGGACGGUUUUCCAGUUGAUCUUCUUCCGACACUACAGGAGCACUUCGGGUGCAAUGAGAGACCUGUCUCUGUGCGGGUGUGUUACCAUGGUGAUGUUAGAACGCUGGACGGACCCCGGGACCAUGGAACCAGGGCCGCCAUCUUUGAAAUGGGACGGCAAAUUGCGGACCGUCAUGCAAUUCACAGGGCGUGUCCUGGUAGGACUGAUGUUUUUGCGCCUUGCCGAUGAUCUUGGGUCACGGAACGUCUUGCUGCUGUUCGGAUAUCUCCUACUCAGCGGAGUGAUCCUCGGGUACAAAACCCGCGUGUGUGCGGGACUUCUGUCCGCCCUGUUCUUCCUGACGAACCUUACCGUGUGUUCCUGGUGGAUGGAGGAGCCAGACUCCCCCAAGCGGGAGUUCCUGCGGGCCGAGUUCUUCCUGAACUUCGCGGCUAUCGGCGGGCUGCUGCUGGAGACCGUGGUCGGGCCGGGGAAGGCGUCCUUAGACGCACAGAGCGGCAGGAGAGUCAGCAGAUCACAGUAGUUCAAACGCCUGAAAUCGUCCGAGUACUUUGCGAUUGAUUUGAUAGAGGGCGCACUUGUACGGUCGUAAUUGAAUGUGCGUGACUCACGUUGUGGCAUUCAGCAAUGAUAUCAA